AUGGCGCUCUUCAAGUGCUGCCUCGCCCCCAAGGGGGCCGCCAAGACCGCGCCGCUGGAGUCAUCUUCCUCCCCAGUGACGUCAUCAAAGAGUGCCCUCAAUGCAAAGCAAGGCUGCCUAGUCUCUUUGCAAUUAUCCGCUGGGUCCAAUGUGCCACGUGGCAUUCACCAAAAGGCGUCCGACGGCGGCACGGGCGUCCUGAUCGGUCCGAACCUGGUCCUCACAAGCCAUGACACCGUUUCCAGCAAGGAGCAGGCAGCCAGGGGCGAGGUCCAGGUGGUAGUGUCAAGCGGGGCGGGAGGGAAGGAGUACUUAGAACGGAGGCGCCUGUUGCCAGAACGGCUGUUUGUGACAGACCCCGAGUAUGACGUCACGAUCUUGGCCUGCGAGAGCGCAGCGGGGUUGUCGGGAGUGACACCGGUUGCACUGGAGGAGGCGUUGGAGAUUCCAGAGGCAGAUGUUGUUACUGGGAGCCUCAUCCACGUCAUUGGGCGGCCUGCUGACGUGGCAGACCUGGAAGGCGACCACCUGGCGGUCGUGACGGGGCAGGGGAAGAUCAAGUCGGUGGACGGUCCGUUCCUUAAGUUCGCGUCGAACAGCGAGACCUGGGCGCCCGGGUCUGCUGCUUUCGACGACAAAGGCCGUUUCCUGUUCCUAGUGUGUGGGCCCACCGAGGGAGGAGACGCCUCAUCGCCCAAGGGUAAAAAAGUCGCCGCCAAGCCGAAGAAGGGCGGCAUCCAGUCGGGUACCACGGCGCGGGGGAUCAUCCACUGGCUAGGCGAGCAAGGGUUUAAGGACUUGGCGCGGCUCGGCCGUGACGACGAGACGCGGCCGGCUCAGGGUUUGGAGGUUCUGGCGCCUCUGGCGGACGAAACCGCUCCUCAGGCUCCGACGCUUCUAGACAACAAGAUCGCUUCGCAAGGUUUGGCGGGGCCCCGAUCCGAGGUUGGUGAGGCGUCCGAAGAGCAUCUUUCUAUGAUAGAGAUUGCGAUUGGAAAUGGGUCAGAGGGACGAACGGAAACGGAUUUCGUUGACAGAUUGAACGGGGAGAACGGAACGGGGAAGCAAAUUGCGGGAGAAGAAUCCGAGCAAACGUCGGUGCAAGAGGACGCAGACAGGGCUCGCUUGGAGGCCCCUGAGACGGUUUCGGGCGGGGCGGGUUCCGCCCGUGACCCAAAGACGAGCGGAACGGAACAGAAGGAAGCAGCCAGGGGCCCGGCACAGGGAGCGCUUGAUGAGUGUUACGUGGACGAGAUCGGACUGGUGGCAGCGGAAACAGCCGGCGUUUCAGGAGCGAAUGGCGGGGCGUCCGCUUACUCUGCUAAGAUCUCAGAUGAUGUACUACGUGGCGAGACGGUAUUGGCUGCAGAUUUGACACCGGAGUUCGGCGAGAUGGUGAUGGGAACGGCCGGAAGUGCAGCCCAGGAGGCGGUAACAACGGAAAAGGGACCGGACGGGACGGACUUGAACGGAGCUUCCAACAAGGAAGCUUCGCUAGGAGUGACGUCGGCAGUCGUGGGGCCUCCUUCAGAAGAAAAGACAAGCCCUGCAGGCGAAGCGACUGAGGGAGGACUAGCGUCUGGAAAGGAGGAAGCUCCGGCGAUUCCGGCAGCGGCAAACCAGACGGCGGAAUUGAAGCCGGGGGGCUCUCUGAAACCCCUUUCAGUCGGCGGAUCGUCCCCCCAGAGCACACCGAAAGGCGCCGAAAAUUCACCGAAGUCCCGGGGGAGCCCAAAAGCGAACGGAAGCCCCAAGUCAGUCUGGAAACACCCCGGUGGAAAUCCGGUGUCUUCCGCUGGGAGUUCCGGCCGGGGCGGCGGAAAGGACACCGAAAGGGACCAGAAGAUGAUCAAGCACCUGCAGAAGCAGGCGAAGCGCGCGGCCGCGGGCGCGAAGCCGGCCAACGGCGGGGAGACACGUGGCGGCGCGUCGGGGCAGCUGUCUCGGAAAGGAAGCGGUCGCCUAAAGGAGAAGCUUAGCGAUAGCAGUGCGGGUUUGAUUACACCGACUGGAAACGAGAAGAAGGCUGAGCCGGAAAGCAAGGCUUUGACACCAGGAGUGAUGGCCCACGACGCGACGGCGGUGGAGCCCGCUGUGGUGUCAACUGGAGUGGAAAUGGAGGAGAAUUCGAAGCCGGUCGCGAGCGAAACGACAACGGAAUCUGACGGAAAGCCGACGCCUGAUGCAACUGAGAACGCCGGAUCAGCUGCGAAUGACGAGCCGUCCGUUCCGUCCUCCGUUUCCGGUGGACCGGAAUCCGCUGUGCAAGACAAGGCUGCCACGGAUACACCCAAUCACGCUCAAGAGGCAGAGACUGGUAUCAGCAAAGAGAGGGACGGGAAGUCAGCCGAGGGUGAGAUUGACGAGAAGAGGGAAGCGGAAACGGAAGCACGGCGGAAAGCGGAAGUCGAAGAGCAAAGAGAGAUUGCUGCGAGCAGGUUGAAGGAGGCGUGGGGAACGGAAGCGAGACGCGGUUCAAAAGACGGGGCUGGGGUCGAGAAGACCGGAUCGGAAACGGAAAACGAGGCGCCGGAAUUGCUGAGUGUGGGGAAAGACCUGGAGAUCGGGGGCGACCGCUUUCUGCAGUUUUCCAUGUCCGUGGCCGCCGCCAAAGAGAGCUUCGAAAAGCUGGCAAAGAGGGAGGAGAAGAGCCCGGAACCGCAGAGAAAGACAAGCAGCUUGAGCUCGCAGAGAGGGGCGUCAAAGAGCGGGGCUCGACGGGAAGCUGAGGAGGCGACACGUGGCAGGCGCAGGACGAAGGGAUCCGUUGAUACAAGCCCGAUUGACGGCGAGGAACGGAUGAAACGCACCGGCAGCUUGCGCCGGUUGCGCAGAACGGAGAGCGGUGAGAAGGAGAAACUUGGGGCGAGCUUGAAGGGGGGCAAGAAAAUGGGCCUCAAACCGCCCCCCGGGCUGGCGUGGAAGGCCAAGGUCGCAGAGGAGCGGAACGGAACGGCCGGAGAGCGGAACGGAACGAAGAAAGCGGUCAUUCUGGGGCGGGGCCUUGUGCCGAUCGCGGGUGUCGAGUCCAAGCGGCGCAGCGGGGACGAGCUUUGGGCAGCGCAAAAGGGUUUGAGCUCGCAGGGUUUUGCGAGGGUUUCGGGCGGCGCGGCCGCGGAGCGCACGCUGAGCGUCAGCGACAUCGACCUGGAGUCCGAUUCGGACGCCUCUGAAAAGAUUGUGGACGGCGAGAAGUAUUCGGACGGGGAGGAAGAAGUCCGGCCGAAGGAGGCUUGGCCGGAAGAACGGAACACCGAGCAGACGGAAACGGAGCGGACGGAAGCGGAGCGGGCGGAAGCGGACACGGCGGAUGUGGCGAACGGGGAAGGGUCCACUGGAGCCUGGAAAGUGGAAGGAGCCUCGCAAACGGAAGAAACCACGGCCGCUGCCGACGUUCCGGCGGAAUCGGUCUCCAAUCCAGCGGAAAGCGCUCCGGCUCCGGUAAACGGCGAAGUCGCGGCUGGGAGCGUUGCGGCUGAGCUUCCUGAGGCGACCGCUUCCGACGGGAAAGCCCAUGGUACAUCCGAGAGUCCUCUACAGGUUUCUCAGGCCGAAACCCACACGACGGAACCCCUAGAAGGUGACGCUGAAAACGCGACCGAAGCGGCCGCUGUCGCACCCACGACGGAGCCGGGGGCGGCGGAAGCGGCUGCUGACGUCAUCGCCGGCAUCAUCGCGAGUGCUGACGUCAGCGGCGAGCCCGCCGCCGGGGAUGCAAAGGAGCGGCCGAGCGUGACGGGGAGCGAUUCCGGCGUGACGGAGGCCGCCGGAAGAGCGUCUGAAGACGCGGCGCGGACGCUGCGGGCGCGGAGCUUCUCGGCGUCGAGUGGAGCCGAAGCGAGUGCCUCUCUAGUGAAGAGCCGCAUCGAGGGCUUCGGCCGGCAGACCAUCGAAGUCCCCAAGCCCCGCGCAAAAACCACCGAGGACAAGAUCCGGACCGCGCAGGCGAAGCUGAAGUCGAACGUCCCGGUUCUGGGCCCGGUUCUAGGCCUCGGUUUAGAAAUGGGUCUCCAGUUGGAGAAGAAGCUGAAGCGGGAGGAAGACUUGCACGGGCUGAAAAAGGCGACCAAGUUUAAGGUGAAGAAAGUGACGCCCCUGGAGGUCCCGGCGAAUGCUACCGGGCAAAACGGGGGGGGACUGUCGCCGCAGACGAGGGGUCGGGAGAUCCGCCCCGGGGUGUACGAGUCGGCGGCGCAGUCGCCCACGUCUCCGUCAGAAGCAGGCUCCCCCAAGUUCAUUCCGGAGGUGUUGGUGAAGGUGACGCAAGACAUCAGCCGCGGCGUGAACAAGGUGACGCACGAGAUCAGCCAGGGGGUGAAGGACGGUGUCAAGGCCGUCACGGAGCUCCCGGGCAUCAAGGAGGGGCUGGGGAUCAUCAUGGAGCCCAUCAAGAAGGCGGAAGAGGAGAAGAAGGAAGCGGAACGGAAGCGGCUGGAGGCGGCCGCGGCAAAGGAGCGCGCGGUCGCGGAAGAGAAGCAGGGGCGGCUGGACCGGCUCAAAGUGAACGACGCCAACGAGACGAUGCGCGACAUCAAGGCGUCCAUCCUGGGGCUCAACUUUGGCGGAAAGAAGAAAGCGGCGCUUGCCGGCUUCAACGACCCCGACCUGGACGCGGACACCGACGACGCGGCCGCGCGCGCGGUCCAUCGCGCAAAGCUGGAGCGCAGGGUUUUAGGUUCCUUCUCCGGCCUGCUCGCGAACACCGAGACGCUGACGCAGCUGACGCAAGCUUCCGUCGAAGAUAGGGACCGGAAGCCGGAGCACGACACGCGACGGGCGUCGCACCUGUGGCCGGGACACGUGGCGCCCGCGGGUUCGUGGGAGAGGGUGCCGACGCGGCUGCACAAAUUCGUCCGGAGAACCGGUGAGAUGACGUUGCAGCAGCAAGCGGAGGUGCUAUGGCACGCAAGCCAAGACGCGGCGACCGAUCCCUAUGAGCGUCUAGCUGGGGAAUCGCCUGAAACGGACGAAAAUGCGGUAGCCCAGGGUAUCAAGGGUCUGCCGUCUACGGCGGCUUUGCAAGACUCUCAAUUGGUUGCGACAGUGGAAUCGGAGAAGGUUUAUCGGAUAACCAAGUGGCAGGAUGACUACUGGAAGAAGCGGAUGGCUGGUUUCAGGCACGAGAAUACGUGGUAG